AUGAUUCUCAUAGAACCCCCAGCUGGGACAGAGCUGGCAACGAGACACUGUCACUCAGCAUCUGUUGCCUUAGUGAUAAAGUCUCCCUCGGUGUUUCACAUGUCUCGGAUGAUGAUGGUAGCGGGGCUGGUAGUGGAUCGCCACAGAUGCCUGCUGCGCCAGGCUGCGCUUAGCCAGCAGAGAUACGCCAUGAUCGGAGACGGAACAACAGACUCAAGCAUGUCUUUCUUCGGGAGCUGUACGGACAUCGCGCGCUACGCCGAGCUCGCUCCCGGCCGCCUGAAGCACGGCAAGCGUCGCUCCUACUCGCCCGCCCAACAGGCGGCGGCCGGGUUGGGAAGGAUGGGAUCGGGAAGCAGCUUCCAGCGCCAUCGCUCGGGAUGCUACCACAGCGCAGACGACCUAACCGGCGAUCAUCUCUACGAGGAGCUGCCCGCGCACAGCGUCGGUCCGCCGAAACUCGCGCCGCGAGGAGGAGUGUUCUUCACUAAGGGUAAAGUCGUGCUGAGACCGAUUCCCUUCAAACCGGUGCUUCCCAUCAGAAACGUCUCGAAGCCAGCGCGGCAAGACGUCUACGCGAAGCCCGUCACCACAGCGCCCCCUGGGGGGCCGGACGACUCCUACUCGUCCGACGACAGCAAGCAUUAUAGCACGUCGUCGCAGAAUUCGUACAGGAGUGAAAAGUCGCAAGGUUAUGGCAGCUCUGAUGGAGCGACUAAGGACAGUCGCGUCUCCGGUUACAGCAGCGCUGACCUUAAAGAUCUGAAGGACGUGUCAUCACUGUCAUUCAGCAGGUUGUCCCACCUAGCAGACUACCCACAGACUCCGGCAUGCAGCGAUUCGGGAGUGAGUGAACUUGAGGUCAUGCUCAAGGACAAAGAUACCGAGCUAAAUCAUUUGAGAACGACAAUGGAACAGAAUGAACAGGUGAUAUUCCGCGUCUACGAGGAGAAGGAGCACGCGUGGCAGUGCGAGCUGCAGCAUCUGCGCGACGAGUACGACGAGAAGGUCACCGGCGCGCAGCAGAAGUCGUUCAAGGUCGAGCAGGGCCUGCUGCUGCAGAUCUACCAGCUGCAGCAGGAGCGGCGCGAGGCGCGCGCGGGGCUGGAGCGCGCCUGCGAGGAACGCGAGACGCUGCAGACGCGCUGCUGCGAGUAUGAGCAGGAGCUGACUGCACUGCGCUCGCACCUCGACGAGACGAAGUGGGCGAUGUGCCAGAAGAGCGGCGAGAUCGGGCUGCUCAAGUCGCAGCUGAAGGAGACGAACACGGACACGUGCUCGCGCAAGACGGAGGCGCUCACGCUGCGCACGCAGCUGCGCGACGCACGCGCCCGCCUCGCCGACGUGCAGCGCGAGCAGGCGGCGCUGCAGGCGGCGCACGACGCGGCGCACGGCGAGCUGCACGACGCACGCGCGCAGCUCGACAUCGUGCGCCGCGACUCACAGACGGCGCGCAGCGACACGACGCUCGACCGGCAGCGCAGCGACGCCGCCAUCGCCGCGCUGCGCAAGGAGAUCGACCACAUGCGCAUCGAGGCCGAUAGGGGGCGCUGCGAGGCGGACACGCAGCGCGCGCGCUUUGAGGAGGAGCGGCAGGUGUGGUCGGAGGAGAAGGAGAAGGUGCUGCGCUACCAGAAGCAGCUGCAGCUCAACUACGUGCAGAUCUUCCGCAAGAAUCGCAGCCUGGAGCACGAGGUCGAGCAGCUGACGCUGGAGCUGGAGAGCCGCGACAUCAGCACGCUGCAGAAGGACCUCUUCAACGGACUUGAGGAGGUCGACGAAUCGCAGUGCUGAUUCCCUCCCUCCCUCCCUCCGUCGCUCGCCUGCCUCCCUUGCCUGCUAUCAAGUCUCACCUCUCCAGGCGUCCAGGUCUGGGAUACAGCGGAGGAACUCGGUGACAGAACAUCGGUCGUCACGAGCAGAUGACGUGCGUGCGUGCGGGCGUGCGUGCGUGCGUGCGUGCGUGAGUGCGUGCGUGAGUGAGUGAGUGCGUGCGUAAGUGAGUGAGUGCAGGCGUGCAUGCGUUCGUGCGUGCGUCCGUACGCGCUCGCGUCUGGUACGUGCGCGCGUGCGUGCCAUCGCUUAGACAGAGAACUAACUGUCAAUGAUAGAGAACUGACCUUCAAGGGCAGAGAAUUGACUGCACUAAUCAUUACAUGGUUACCGCUGACAGCAGCAGCAGCAGCGGUCGGUAUUGAGCAUGCACCGUGUGUUUGUGUGCAGAUAGAAUGACCAGUGAAGUACACUUUAUUAUUAUUAUGCUAAUUAAUGUUCAGACUGUACAGGAUGUCGAUAUAGCAACCACUGCCUGGUGGUUAUUACUAAUAUCAUGUCGUGACCUGAAAACCCAGAGAGGAGCGUUUGAAUCUCGGUUUUUCGUUGUUUCUAAGUAGUUUGAUUGUACAUUGUGUAACUUACCGUGCUCAGUUCACGCGACAUUAACGUAUCCGCGUGGCUUUUCUAACAGACUUUAUUUGUAAUAAUUGAACUUCUUUCUCAUAUAAUGUACGUUUAUAACUGACUGUCUUAUAAGGUUGAUGGUGAAUUGUUUCAACGUGUGUAAAAGCCCAUACACUACUACUACUACUUCCACUACCGUUACGGUUAACACUACCAUUACUACCAUUGACACCGCUACUUCUACUAUUAUUUCUAUUGCUACUAUUGCAGCUUCUACUAUCAAUAAUCAUUAUGAAAUCAUCCUAAUGAUAAUGUUGUUGCUGCUACUAGUGCGAAGUCGCUACUGCUGGUGAUACUGUUGUUACUGCUACUAAUUCUGCUGUUACUGCUGUUAACUACUACUAAUACUGCUAUGCUAGUGAUUUGUCUGAUAUACUACAUCAACUGUUUUUACUCAAACACCUGCUACUGUCGUGAAUACUGCAAUGUUGUUUAGUAAUCUUGCUGUUGUUACUAACUAUACAGCUGCUGAGUGUUUGUGUUUGCGAUAUGCAGAGAUAUCUUGCAUGGUCACGUAGUCCCAACGAAACAACUAAUUUCAUUAAUGUUACUUAGACGCUAAUGGACACUAUUUCAGUUGAUCAACUGGAACUUAGGAUUUUCCUUUGUAUAAUACGCACGUGCGUGCGUGCGUGCGUGCGUGCGUGCGUGCGUGCGUGCUGUUGCGAUUCAUUGUCGGAUAUAAACGCUAGGUCGCAGCGUCCCUAUUCAUGCCGUAGCACUACAGCAUUCCAACGGGUUUUUCUUCACAUGCAAGCAGUGUAAGGAUUAUAAGUGGUUCGCAUAUUAGAAAAAAAUCAUGCAUCACUUCGCGGGCCCAUUAUGCGACCAGUGUUAAUCGUGACUUAGAAGGCGUGUCUCUCUCUCUCUAGCGUCGUGCAAUGUGUUUACGCAUGGAAACGGCUUUGCAGCCUUGCAUCUUUCUCUCCCUCUUUGCAUACGGAUUUCAGUUCGCUCACUUCAAUAGUGUUUUCAGACUAACAGUGGCCGUGUCCACAGCGAGUGGAGCCAAUCUAUUAUAUAUGCAUAGGUACGCGGUUAGAAAACACACAGUGGCAGCGUCUUGUGCCAGUAACUAGAAACGCCCACGAGUCUAUAUAUAAAAGCGUGGAGGCCGUUCGUUAUGGCAUCUCGGUGACGUGUGCGAACAUAAAUAUGCGCAGGUAGACGCGGGCGGGCGUUGAUGGCGUGAGAGAAGGUGACAGGAAAUGCCGGGGUUUUGCGAUAAUUAGACGUAAACGGGCCAAAAACGGUUUUUAAUAAUGGAAAUGCAGUUGUUCGUACACGCCACCCGGUCGUUUGUAUAUGAUGAGUGAAGUAGCAAGCCUACAAUGUGUUACAAGAUGUAAUAUCGAUUCUCUCUGAAAAAAAA